CGGGCCGGGGGCGCCCGUGAGCAGAGACCUCCCCGUCGAGGGGGGGGGCGAUGUUCCCCUCGCCCGUGGGCUCUUCGGGCAGCCGAGGCAUCCCUCCACUGGGACCAGGACCACCUCAGUGGGCACCCCCUCAAGCUGCUCCAUGGAGACUCUGUGCCCUGCUCCCCGCCUGGCGGUGCCGGCGACCCCGCGAGGGUCGCCCUGCUCCCCCACACCCCGGAAGCCGCGUCGGGGGACCCAGGAGUUCUCUCCGCUGUGCCUGCGUGCCCUUGCCUUCUGCGCCCUUGCCAAACCCCGGGCGUCCUCUCUGGGGCCUGGGGAGCUGGCGCCGCGGGCCCCCGUGCUGCUAGGCCCUUGCGCCCCCCUGUGCACCGGCGGCUGGGGCCCGGAUGGCCUGAAGCACCUCGGGGGACGGGACGGGCGGUCCAGCGAUCCGAAGUCCCCGGCCGGCGAGGAUGCCGAGGUCGCAGUGUGCCCGGGCCGCGGAGACGAGGAAGAAGGCCGAGGCAGUUUCCCGCACUUCGGCGCUCGCUGCUGCACACCUCCGAGCAGCUGCCCAGAGCCCCGGCGCCCUCGGGAAUCUCCGACCAGCUCCGCCUCCGCUACGCCUAGGCCAGCCCCGGGUCUCGAGUCCCAGCCUGGCCCAGCCGCCAGCCCGCUUCAGGAGCCCAGUUCCCGGCCUCCGUCGCCACCUGCGGGCCUCUCCACCCAGCCCGCGGGUCCCAGGGCGGCGCCGGAGCCAUCCCUGCCGGGCCAGACGGCCGCAGUCGAUGGAAGCCCCCCGCCGGCGGCCACCGAGGCACCAGCCGCUGGCCCCUCGACGGCUAGUGCAGCUCCGGCCGCGCCCGGCGAUCUCCGCCAGGAACAUUUCGAUCGUCUGAUCCGCCGGUCGAAACUUUGGUGUUAUGCUAAGGGCUUCGCCCUGGACCCUCCGAGUUUGCGCCGGGGGCCGGAGCGGCAGCCAGCGAAAGCGCCGGCCCGGGGAGCCGCCAAGAAACGCCGGCGGCCGGCGCCCCCCCAGCGCAGCGCGCAGCCCCGCCGCCCCGCCCCGACGCUCCCCACCACCAGCACCUUCAGCCUCCUCGACUGCUUCCCCUGCCCCCCGGCCCUGGUGGUGGGGGAGGACGGAGACUUAGGGCCGGCAUCCUCGCUUCGCCUCCAGGGAGACUCUAAGCCUCCGCCUGCCCACCCGCUGUGGAGGUGGCAGAUUGGGGGUCCCGCUGUCCCUGAGCCCCCUGGCCUCAAAUUCUGGGGAAUCAACUUGGAAGAAUCCUGA